AUGCUCAAAUCGAUCUAAAAAUGGAGAAUGAGAAAUUAGCUGAAGCUCUACUUUUUACUUUUGUCUCUAUUCUCUACAUUAUUGAUUGGAGUUAUCCUAGUUAUCACUCAGAAUUUUGUAUACAAUGAAGUAGUUUUGACAACAUAAUAAAUAUCAAAUAAGUUGACUGAUAAUGAAAUAUCGAAUUAGUUUGAAACACAAAUGCAAUUGUUUUUUGAAGUAAUUAAUAAAAGUACUCUAUCAUUAUAUUGAAGAUUAUAGAGCUCUUGAUAAAAUUGCAAAUUUAUUUACUUUUGUAUAAAUUGAAUUAAGCUUAAUGACAUCAUAACAUGAUUAAUGUCCAGUAAACUAAACACAAAAUUAUAGAAAAUCCAAUAUAUGUUAUAACAUAUUGGAUUUGAAAAGUGAACAAGCAUUAAAUUCAACACAAUCAUAAGAGUUAUUCUACUAUUUGAAACAUUAGAGUCUUUUGUAAUAAUUGUUAUUACUUUUUGAUCCAGAACAAUUUAUUAUUGGUAAUUGGUCAAUAGGAUAUAGUAAAUAAUUCUAUUUUUCAGCCUAUUAAGCAAUUGGUUAUUAUUCGACAUUUAAUAUUGCAUCUAGACCAUUUUAUAUAAAUCAUAUCAAGAAGGCAAAUUAAUCUGAAUAUAUAUUUAGUGAUGUGUUUUUUAACUUUGAAAAUGAAUAUAAAGUAACAAUAUCGAAAAACCUAACAAAAGAUGUGUCUGGAGGAAUUGUGGCUACAUAAUUUGAAUUUAAAAUAAUUAAAAAGUUUUUUUAAGAAAAUUUUUUGAUUUUAAAUAAAGAUGGAUUGAUAUUGAUUGGAAAUGUAUAAAUGUAUUUCUAACCUAACAGAACAAAUGUAUAUUUUUUUAAUGAAACUUUGACUGGUUUUAAUAAGAAUGAUUGGCAUUCUGUGUUAGAUUAAAUGGAUCAUAACAUAUCAUCAUCAAAUUGCACAACUUUUAAUUCUAAAUAUUUAUGUAGAUUCAACAAAAUAACAUUAAAUGAUGUAUUGAUAUUUGCUAAAUUUCUAAAAUUUUCAAAUUUAAUAUUGAUUAUGUAAAUAUGUAUAAAAUAUUAAGAUUAAAAAAUGUAGAGUAUGACAAAGAUCUCUAAAAUUAAUUAAUUUGGAUUGAAGAUCAGAAGAAUCUUUAGAUUACAUAAUUAUUAACUUUUUAAUUAAUUGCUGCUUUUGGUUCAAGUUUACUUGCCAUUUUAGUUGUCAGAUACAUUUGUAGAUAUAUGACAUAUUUAGAAAGAUUGGCAAAUAGUCAUUUUUAAAAUAAGCCAGUUGAUUUUUAAAUGUAUUCUUUCUUAAGAGAAAUAAAACAACAUCAAUCAUCAUAAUCAACAAACAUCACAUUAAAUCUAUCUGAUUCUUACUACAAAUUAAUUUCACAAUUAACAGUGAGACCAUUUAUAAAGAAUGAAGAAUGUAAAAUAUUUGAAUCAUUUUAAUUUCCAUACUCUAAAAAAAAGGAUAGUCUACUAAAAUGGAGAGCUACAAUAAAACAAUUACAUGACAAGAAUGGGAAGGUAAAAUAAAGUUAUAUAAGUCUAAUAUUGAAUCUGUUGAGGCAAUCAUAUUAAAGAAAUAAACAUUGA